ACCCACAGAGCCGAGGCGGGGGGAACGAGUGCGUUGGAGAUGGCUGGGCUACCACAGAAUCCUAUUAUACAGUUAACUGGUUUCAAACAUUUUGAGAAAAGGGCCCUUGUUGAAUUGCUUAGUCAACUUGACUGCAUUUACUUUUGUGAGCAGGAAUAUAAGCAGCAGUGCACUCAUAUGAUAGCAAGUAAGCCAAGUCGCAGUGAAAAAUUUUUAGCAGCUUGUGCUGCAGGAAAGUGGGUUUUGACUCAAGAUUACGUCAUUGAUAGUGCUAAAGAUGGCAGGUGGCUUAAUGAAAUCCAGUAUGAGUGGGGAUAUAAAAUUCAAAGUAUUUCACAGUAUCCCGUGCCAAUGGAAUCUGCGCCAAAAAUGUGGCGCGAGGAGCUGGCCCGUUCGAGUAAACCAGGAGUGUUUCACAACUGGAAAGUAGUCCUUCUGAUCAACGAUGAAACGAGGAGAAAUAUUUUCAAAAGAGUCCUACAUGCUGGAAAAGCCACAGUGUAUCAUCGACCAAGACGGUGUUGCAAAAUUACACAUGUCUUAACAGAAAAUCAAAAUUAUACAAUGGAGCGAUUGAAAAAUACAUACAAGGCACCUUACUUUCCUGUUGAGUACAUUGGGCAAUUCAUAUUAGAGCCUUUUUGUUCUCCGAUGUCUACUAAAGAUGUUAGGAUCUCCAGUGUAGAUUUUCUGGAUGUUGAUCAUAUACCCUCCAGUCCUUUCCUGGAUUCAACAUUAAAUGUUGCACAAAUCUCGUGUCCAAAUUCUUCUGUUUAUUUCAAAGAAGUCAAACCUGAGGAGUCCUCUGUAUCUCCAGAGUUUAAACGCAAACUUCAGAUGUGCCUAAGUUCACCUGAGACAAUCCGAAGCAAAUAUGCACCAUCUGGUACAGGAUGCUGUUUGUAUAACUCAACUACUAAACAUCAUCAGAUUCAAGCGAUGAUAUUCCCUGGAGUUACUACUAAUAGAAUAGAAGGUAUUUUGGAGGGGCAAUUCUAUAUGGAAGCAUUGAAGGAAAUACGCUUUCACUUGUCAUCAAAUUUUUUUCCACCUGCAUAUCUUCUGCAGUCUCUUUUGCAACAGAUUCUUGAGGGUAAUGUAGACAUGAAUUUCUUGUGUGAGUUCAUCAGCAUCAUGGAAACUUUAAUUAUUCAUCAUCCACCAUGGCAGCAGUCUUCAAUAGUGAGUUACUAUUUGGGAAUUCUUCAGUGCUCCAGUUGUAAGAAAGGAACUUUCUUUCUUUUGGAGUCACUUGCAAGGUCCUGUGUUGACGAAAAAGAACCCUGUCAUUGGUCAUCGAAUCAACAGCUAUCGAUUUCAAAACUGAAGCCACUUUAUAUAUUGCUAUUAAAGUACUAUUUUGAUCUGUUUGAAGCAGAACUGGAGGCUUUAAAUAAAAGCUGCUAUGAAAACACCAACUUUGGAGCUUCUCGUACCAUACCUCCUUCUGUUCUUGCAGUAGUUUUCUUGGAAUACUCUGAUGUGAUGACAAAUCCUGUAGCUAUUUUGUUGGAUUGUGUUCUUCAAGCAACUAGAGCAGUGGUUAAGAAACCAAAUGAUCGACAUUUAUGUGAAACAGCUUACAUCUUGCAUGGAAUAUUGGGAGUAGUUGUCGAAUAUCGGCUUUUGAUAAAUAGACUACGUGGGAGAUCCUUAUCUGGCCGAGCUUGGGACGAUUUACAGUUUUACAUUCCCGUACAUUGUCAAGAUUACAAUCAAGAGGAAAUAGAAAUGUUAUUUAAAUUAAUGCCAUCACCUUGGCUGCAAAUGUUCACUGCACAUGCUAUGUAUAAGCAAAUAUGCUAUGACAAUGGCAUCGAAAUUUCAGAAAAGUCUUUUUCACUGCACCAAAUAAUCUCUUCAUAUUUAAUACCCCUUGGGAGGUUUGGAAGUUGUAGGAAAGCGAUGGUGAAGGACCCCGAGGGAAAGAAGAUGGGUCACUGGCCUUGUCCUCAACUUUUGAGGCCUUCACUUACAUUGACUAGUGACAGGCAGAAACAUGUGGAAACACUGACCAUUCCAAACAAACAAAUUCUUCCAAGGAGGAAUUCUCUGAAAUCUAAGGAAACUAAAAUUGAAUCCAGUAAUGUAAAUCAAAAUGGAGCUAUUUUGCUACAGCAGCAAGACUGCCUCGGAAAAACAUUCCUUGAUUGUCCGAAUGCAAAGGAAGGUCUUUGUACCAUCCCAAAAGUCCGAAUCGAAGAUAUUGCUGAAGGGCAAUUUGGAAACUUUAACAGAUACAUCAAUUCUUCUCAAACUGAGCUGAGUGUUUAUCUCUGGUCUAUACUUCUAAAAAACUAUAUUGAAAAUCACAACUUGCCCUUAAUCUAUCGUAUUGUGAAUGAUUUGCCUUUGAGUACUGUUCAGUUUGUAGAUAAGAAUAGGUUUGAGAACCUGAAAAAUUAUUUUCCUGAGCAGCUGAUGGUGCAGUAUGUUGAAGAUGUUAAAGCAUUUAAGGAGCUUCCAAAGUAUAUCCAGCAACUAUUUGUCAAUCUGAGGAAUGGAUCUCUGGCACUUGGCGUGAACGCACAGCUGCUACUGCUGCACAUAGAAUCCAUAUUUACUAAUUCUUAAUCACCACUGCAAACUAUAAAGCUACAUUACUCAACUUGGUUGAAAAUGGAAAUGUAUUUGUGUUAAAUGAAGAACAAAUGCUACUCAGAAUGGCUGACUACAAACUGAAGCUCUCGUAGCAGUGCUUAAGCUUAGCAGAAAAUGGAAGUUGGAAUUACAGAUGCAUUUUAUACAGUGCAGUGCGAAUUGCUUUUAGAAAAGAUCUGAGAUUGGCAGUAAUACAAACAGUUGUCUAUGGCUCAAAAGAAUAAAAUAUAUUCUUUUGUGACAUCUAUAUUUUGUAAAUGAUUUAAAAUAAUACCACUGCUU